CGCUAUGCUUAACCGGAGUUUUGAUUCCGUAACCACAGGAACUCACAAUGGCGUUAACGGGAGAGCAGAAAGAAGUGAAAAUGAUUUCAGAACUGUCCAACCAAGUACUUCUCCAGUAUGAAAGCCUCCAAAGAGAAUACGAGAAAAUCAAGAAGGAGUGUAAAAAAAUGCAAGAGGAGAGAGAUGAGGCCUUACAGAAGCUGAAAGAAUUUGAACAAGUGUCACACAGGGUGAUCGAGGAGGUGAACAACAUUCAGGAGAGUCUAGAGAUCGAGAAGACAUGCAGAGAAAGUGUAGAAGCUUUGGUCUCAAAGGAGUCAGUGGCAGCCCUGUGA